AUGCCCCCCUCCGCGGGCGCCCCGCUGCAGCCAGACACGGUCCUCCGCGGCCACGGCAGCCCCGUCCAGUGCGCGUCCCUGCACCCCUCCGGCCGCCUGCUGGCCUCGGGCGACGCGGCAGGCGUCGUCAAGGUGUGGGAUCUGCAUCACAGGCGCCCGGCCGCAUCCUUCCAGCCCCACCCCACGCCGUUCGGCGUCCUGUCCCUGGCCGUGGUCGAUCGCCACGGCCUCGCGUCGAUCGUCACCCAGGGCAGGGAUGGGAAGGUGGAGAUGUGGGCCCUGGGGCCCGACGGGAGCGUGGGGGAGGGGUCCGGGGGAGGCGUGGAGACGGGGGCUUAUGGAAUGUGCGGCGUGGCGGUGAUGGGCGUGGACAAUGGGGUGGUGAUGGCGACGCCGUGUGGGGAGCCGGGGCGGGUGGAGGUCGUGGACCUGGAGGCCGGCAAGCAGGUGGCAAGCCUCAGGAGCGCCCAAGGCGAUGAGAAAUGGGGGAUGGUGAUGGCUGUGGAUCUGUACCGCAAAUCUGGUGGCGAUGACUUGGGCGUGGCUGUGGGCUAUGAAGAUGGCAGUGUGGGUCUGUGGGACCUCCGCUUCCCCUCUGACCCCCUUGUCAGACUGAAACUCUUUGAUGAGCCCACCCUGUCUCUGACAAUCGACGUUGAGGGCAAAGGGGGGGUGGCUGGCGGCGCCACCAAGCAGGUUGCCAUGCUGAGCCUAAAAGAUGGGGAACCAACCAAGGCACUGAGAUUGAGGAAGCUGGUGGGAGUCAAGGAGGAGGGCAUCAACUGUGUGGCGAUACGCACAGACAGGAGGGUAUUUGCCACAGGCGGGUGGGAUGGCAAGGCACGGGUGUGGAACUACAAGCGGGGGGUACCGCUGGCGGUCCUCAAGUACCACACUAAGGAGGUGGCUGGCGUGGCCUAUUUGCCAGGUGGCUCGCUGCUGGCCACAGCGUCAAGAGACACCACAGUAGCGCUGUGGUCUGUGUUUGCCGAAACAGGACCGAAUUAG